AUGGCACUCUGGCCUAUGCGCUCGUUCGAUCGUGACAUGGACCCCAUGCGUGAUUUCGACCGCUUCGAGCGCCGUAUGAUGCGCGACAUGGAUCGCUUCCAGCGUCGUAUGAUGCCGUACUGGAGGGAUGAGGACCAGUCCAUUCUGAACAUUGCAAAUCAGGCCCACGAGGUAGUCAACGACGACAAGAAGUUCGCAGUAUCGCUGGAUGUGUCGAAAUUCAAGCCGGAAGAACUGCAAGUGCACAUCGAUGGUCGCAACCUAACCAUUGAAGGAAAACAGGAGGAGAAAACCGAACAUGGACAGAUGGAGAGGUCAUUUGUCCGUAGCUGGACUCUUCCUGAUGAGGUUGACCUCGAUGCCGUCCACACGCAGCUCACUGAUGUUGGACAUCUUUGCAUUGAGGCUCCAAAGACCGGCUUGCACACAAACCGCAGAACUCUUCCGAUCCAGGCUGCUCCCAAAACGAAGUAG